GUCGUCGCGCCGCCGCUACCACAGCUCGGCCCUCGGCGUUCACGUCAGACGCAAUUCCGACACGGCGGGAGUCGUACGUUCCGCGAUCACACGCACACACCGCGACAUUUUUACCUUUUACACACCGAACACACACCACCACCACCACCACCACACAUACCCUUCUACCUACCUCCUAUCAUUACACACACACAACACACACAGCGUCCGAUUCCAGUUUUCGUUUUCAUUUUUCAAUAUUUUUGUUUGCCGGAUAAAACGAUCAAUUUCACAACGGAACGACGCCGAUCCCUGUAUUUACUUUUGUUGCCGGCCCGCGUGUACCUAUCACUAUAAAUACAACGAGACCCGUCGCUACCGGUUCCGCCGUCCCUGCCCUCAUCCCACCACCCUAACCGCCGCAGCUAACAUCAGACCCGUCGUCGCCGCCAAAACCGUGAACGCAACGACGUCGCCGAGCAACAGGAACCCGUCCCGGCCCCCAGUGGUGCCCCCAUGUUGGCGCUGAAAGUGGUCGUCGCACAGCGUUACACCCACCCGGUUGAAUCGUGGAGGCCGUCGCCGUUGGCGGGUUGAAGAGGGCCCGAGGUGCUGUGUACAACGGACCGGAGGCCGCCGCCGCCGCUGCCACCCUCAAGAAGUUCAGACUGGACGCAGCCACGGCCGCCGCAGCCGCAGCCGCAGCGAUGAACAUGCCGCCCACAGGCCACACACCACCCCUGGCCCAGCAGCAGCAGCAGGCCGCACAGGGCACCGCGAACACGACGGUCGCGGUCGGCGACGGCGGCCAAUCCGUCGUCGUGCCCGGUAUGUGCAACAACAUCGAUUCUGUCGGGCCCGGCGAGGAAGAGGUGAGAACAUUAUUCGUCAGUGGUCUACCAAUGGACGCCAAGCCUCGAGAACUUUACCUGCUGUUUCGAGCAUAUGAGGGUUACGAAGGAUCUCUGUUAAAAGUGACAAGCAAAAAUGGCAAAACAGCUUCACCAGUGGGUUUCGUUACGUUUCAAACAAGGGCUGGUGCCGAAGCGGCCAAACAAGACCUUCAGCAGGGCGUCCGGUUCGAUCCUGACAUGCCGCAAACCAUACGGCUAGAAUUCGCUAAAAGCAACACGAAGGUUAGCAAGCCAAAACAGCCCGCCAACGCAAACGUCACGCCCAACACGCACCAAGGCCUGAUGCACCCGCUCACCGGACAUCUAGGCGCCCCGUUCUUCACCGGCGCCCCGGCCGAGCUAUGGCAUCAUCCGCUGGCGUACGCCGACAUGCCGACCGCCGCCACGGCCACGGCCCUGCAACACGCCGCACUCGUCCAUCCGGCGCUGCAUCCACAUCCGCAACAGCCGACGUUGACGCUGGGCCCACAUGGCCUUCCGUUCCUGCCCUCCCCUGCACUGCCCUCGCCGCCCAACCACCAGCAGCCCCAGCCGCCCUGUUCCACGCUGUUCGUCGCCAACCUCGGGCAGUUUGUGUCUGACCACGAGCUUAAAGACAUUUUCGCCAGGGAGUAUGCUGGCCAAAAGAAAUUGGACAACGUCAAUUUCACGUAUACUCACAUGCAGUUGAACAACACUUGACAACAACAAGAUAGACCAUCGGUACCGACCCAAGUCUAGAUCAUGCACGAUACGACAAACACCUCAAACCAAAGCCCUCGUGGAGACGAUUUGAUUUCUUUUUUUUAAAUUUGAAAUAAAAAUAAUUUAAUAAUUACUAGCUUAAGGCUUCUAAAGAUGUUGUACAAAGCAGUAAGAAUUUCCUUGUAUGCCUGUAGUAUUCAUAAAACAUUCAUUUGUGUGUGUAUAUAAAUAUAUUAUUACGUAUGUGAUAUAUAUUUAUAUAUAUAUAUAUAUGUACAUGUAUACCUAUUUCCUAACUUUAUUCCCUAAGCUUUUAAUCUAAUCUAAAUAAAUGUCCUAUGCUUGUUUAGUGGGUAGUGUAAGAUCUUAUUAAGACUCAUCAAAUCUGUGAUUGUUUCUCGUGUAUUUUUUUUUAAAUACUACGAUUUUGCCUAUUCACAUAUAGGCGUGAUUCAGAUGUUAGCAAUAAUUAUUAAUGACAAAAAAAAAAAAAAAUGUAAGCGCGCUCAUAUACAUUCACUAAAUACAUAU